UGACGAGUCUAGUCUGGAGCAGAAGGGGAGACUUCAGUGACCGCUCGGUCUGGCGAGGAGCUGUUUUGGAAACUACAACUCUCUGUCAACUGUUUUACAUCAUCCAGAGGCUGUUUUCUCCUCAGACACCCAGAACAGUCCAUCUCCUAAAGUCCUGAUCCAGAAUCUUGGUCCAGUCCGAGGACUUCAGCUGAAAGACAGCUCCAUCAGGUUUGGCGUCGGACCCCACAGAACUUGAGGUCCAGCUGGUUUUUCUUCUUCUCGGUGGAAGACAGCCCCAUUUUUCAAGCUGGAAGAGGGAGAGACGAGCAGGGCCGACGGCCCAGCCUUCGUGCUGCGACACAGAACCUCAAACCUCACAGAGGACGCUAAAGAAUCCACGCUCACGGGUCCCAUGAGUCCACGGGAGAAGGCGGACACACCCACCUCAGGCUCUUCAACCAAUCACCUCAGCACCACAGAGUGCCCCUCACACAACGGGAAUGUUCCAGAGUGUGAUGACAAGAGAAGAAAAAAUGAAGACGAUGACAGAGGAAGCGAGGAGGAGGAGGAGGAGCAGGAGGAGGAGGAGGAAAGCAGCGAUGAAGGUUUCAUGGGGAUGACUCCUCUGCUGCAAGCCCACCACGCCAUGGAGAGGGUGGAGGAGUUCGUCCACAAGGUGUGGGAGGGCCGGUGGCGCGUCAUCCCACACGACGUGCUCCCCGACUGGCUGAAGGACAACGACUUCCUGCUUCACGGCCACAGGCCACCGAUGCCUUCGUUCCGCGCCUGCUUCAGGAGCAUCUUCAGGAUCCACACAGAGACCGGCAACAUCUGGACACACCUGCUAGGCUGUUUGUUCUUCCUCUGUCUGGGUCUCAUGUACAUGUUCCGGCCCAACAUGUCGUUCGUGGCGCCGGUCCAGGAGAAGGUGGUCAUCGGGAUGUUCUUCCUCGGAGCCAUCCUCUGCCUCUCCUUCUCCUGGCUCUUCCACACGGUCUACUGUCACUCGGAGGGCGUGUCCAGGAUCUUCUCCAAAUUGGACUACAGCGGGAUCGCCUUCCUGAUCAUGGGCUCCUUCGUCCCCUGGCUCUACUACUCCUUCUACUGCUCCCCUCAGCCCUGCUUCAUCUACCUGAUCACCAUCAGCGUACUGGGACUGGCGGCCAUCUUUGUUUCUCAGUGCGAUUUCUUCGCUACGCCGCAGUACAGAGGAGUCAGAGCCGGUGUGUUUGUGGGUUUGGGUCUGAGCGGCGUGGUUCCCACCCUGCACUUUGUCAUCAGCGAGGGUCUGAUCAAAGCCACCACCAUCGGUCAGAUGGGCUGGCUGUUUCUCAUGGCCACGCUCUACAUCACCGGCGCCUGCCUGUACGCCGCUCGCAUCCCCGAGAGGUUCUUCCCCGGCAAGUGCGACAUCUGGUUCCACUCCCACCAGCUGUUCCACAUCUUGGUGGUCGCCGGCGCCUUUGUCCAUUUUCACGGCGUCUCCAACUUGCAGGAGUUUCGGUACACAGCGGGAGGGGGCUGCACUGACGACG